UUCAGAGCGGCUGCUCAGCAGUUUCCUGCAGAGCUGGGAGCCUCUGCUGAUCAGCUGUUUCUGGCUCUGAGCUCCUAUCUGGUGGCCAAAACAGCUCUUCCUGGCAGUGCUGUUUAGUUUUUUGGCCACCAGCCACUCAGCAAGGGGAACUCCCCUCCUGGGGCAGGGGCUGAGUGACCUCACCCCCACCAGUGCUGCCCCCCUCCUCCUACCUGCUUAUUGUGACAGCAGGCUGCUUUCUGUGGCUCUGCAGCUCCCAGCCUCGUUUCAACCUCUCAGCCAACUAAAGGCAGCAGCAGUAAGAUUGCAGAAGCACGUUGCCUGGCUCAGAAAUGUCACCAGCUAUAAAAAUCUGGACAGACUCCCUGCCAAGCACAACGUUCAGCCCCAAAACUGUGGAGGAAAACAAAGCUUGGCCCAAUACAAAAGAGCAACAGCUGCGUCUGGCUCCAAAUAGCUCCAUGCUGAAGGCUUCUGAGGUGGUUGGUAGCCCCCAGCAAAUGGGCCAGGGGGAAAGUGCCAUAUCUGCUGGCUCUCUUCCUGGGGCUGAGCCUGGGGAGGAGCUUGUGCUGGGGGAGGUUGGGGCCCUGCAGGACAAUUUGGGGGGGAGGAGGGCAGAUGCUGCAGACUCUUCCCAGUUGGAGAGAGAGGUGGAGAAGGAUGAGACAGAUUGGCCAUGUACACCUGAGACAUCUCAGGCUUCUAAAGUAACAGUGAGGAGGGAUGAGGCUCACACCCACAUGACAAUGGCAGAGAACACACCCUGCCUGGACAGUGACCCUUUGGACACCAGGGCCAUCCAAGACGCUGCUGCUGAGCUAGGGGUGCAGGAGAAGCAGAGCCAUGCUGCUGUAGCAAUGGUCUCAUUAGUCCCUUCUCUGUGCUCUCCUGAGAGGCCAGAUCUGUUCCUAGUGGGCUCUGCAGAGGGGUGUGACCCUGAGCAGGUGUCCGUGACACAGGUGCUUGGAAGCCCUCCUCCAGCUGAGGAGAAUGGCAUCUGGGCUGUGAUUCCUGAGGCUGAUUCUCUGCAGCCCCCCAGCAGCCUGGCCACCCUGAAGGAAACGGAAGGACACAGUAGUGCCCUGCCUAUCCAAAGGGGAGCACAGUUGGGAAGUUGCCCCCUCCCUUUUGCUGGUGAUCAGCCCAGCUUGCUGGUGACUGAAGAGGGCUCCCUUCAGGCUUCUGUCUGGAAGGAUGUGGCUUCAAGUUCUGCUCAGAAGCCUUCCCUGCAGGGAAGAGCAGCAGCUCUCACAACCCCAGUGCCCUCUCGUGAGGUUGGGUGCAACGUGGCUGGUACCAUCUCCUGGAUGACUCCACUGGUGUGGCUGGAGAAGAACAUGGGCACCUCUGCUAUGAUGGAGUCCUUGAGGCAAAGCCUGCCACUGCCAGCUCUGCAGAAAGAUGCAGGCACAAAUGUCACCCCAGUCUCUGCCUGCUCUGCGGGGACCUGGAUGACUCCCCAAGUGCUGCUGGAGAAGAGCAUGAACACCUCUGCGGAAUGGCCUGCCUGCGCAAAGGACAGUGCUGCAGAAACGGAUUCUCUGCUCUGGCACUGUUCCCGAGAGCACCUGACUACCCUGUCCCGGGCGGAGCUGGAGGGGCGGCUGGAGAGCACGCUUAUCAUCAUUGAAGCCCUCUCGUGCCAGCUGCAGGAUUGGCAACAGAGCCAGCAGCCAGUUUCUCGUCUGGGGCCGGCAGACCAGAGAGACGUGCUCACGCAGACUGAUGUCACCCACCCCAAAGCAGAGGAGCAGCUUUAUCAUGACUUGUACAUGGCAACCAGAGAGAGACUCAAGGCUCUGCAACGGACCCAGAAGAGCGAGCAAGCUCUAAAAGAGGAGCUGGAACAGGCCAGGGAGGCAAUGAGAUCCUGGACUGUGGAGUCUCAGUUGUUACUGGACACCGCAAAUACUUCCCUGCGGAAUCUUCAGGAAGACCGAGGAGCCCUAAACCAACAGCAAGAGCAGAUGAGGGCCCUGCUCUCCCGGAAACGGAGCUUGCUGGACAAAGUGGUGGCCAAACUGAAGAGCUGCCUGGUGGAGCGGGAUGAGAUGCGGAGCCGAGCAGCUGAGGCCCUCAAGGCUAAAGACACGAGUGAUCUGGUUCUGGAGGCCUUCCGUGUCCAUGCCAGCGCUCGGAUCGGAGCCCUGGAGCAGGGAUUGGAGUCCCAGUGGGAGCUCUGCACCCUUAUUGAGGAGGCUUGUGAGCACCAGAGAUCCUGGACUGUGGAGUCUCAGUCGUUACUGGACACCGCAAAUACUUCCCUGCGGAAUCUUCAGGAAGACCGAGGAGCCCUAAACCAACAGCAAGAGCAGAUGAGGGCCCUGCUAUCCCGGAACCGGAGCUCGCUGGACAAAGUGGCGGCCAAACUGAAGAGCUGCCUGAUGGAGCGGGAUGAGAUGCGGAGCCGAGCAGCUGAGGCCCUCAAGGCUAAAGACACGGCUUCCAGGGAGCUGGAGGUGGUUUCUGGGAGGCUGGAGGAAGUGACUGCAGAGCUGCAGGAUUCUGUAGCCCAAGUGGAUCGUCUGACUGUGGCAAACUCCCGGCUGGGAGCAGAUCUCAGCACACUGUUGAGAGACCUGGCCAGCCUGCAGAGUGAGCGGGAUGAGCUGCAAGAGAAGCAUGCAGACCUGUCGGAGGAGACAGUGCGGCUGACCAGGGAACAGGAGCUUCUCCAGCAGCAGUACGACAGGGUGCAUCAGGAGCUGCGUGAGAUGAUAGAGAGUCGUGAGUUCAUUGACCAGGAGAACCGUGUGUCCCGGGAGCAGCUGACAGAGACAGAAAAUGAGCUGAGAGCCACCCUUGAAGUCCUGCGGGAGCGCAGCAUGCAGUACGAGGACCUGAAGGAUGCCUACCAGCACCUCCAGAAGGAGCGGGACACCCUCCGUGAGGAGCUUGACUGCAGCAAGGCAGAGACCCUGGGCCUGCAGCUUGUUAGGGACAAACUCCUGAAGUCCUCCCUGGAGCUCACUCAGACCAAGGAGAGGCUGCUGGACCUCACGGACGUUCUCCAAGCUGCCCUCCCAGGAGAGGCUGCUGAUGCUGCAUCGAGGAGCAGAGUGUGUACCCCUCGCAGUGUGCCCAGCUCCUUCGUGGGCAGCGUCUUGAAAGCUAUGGCAGGAAAAGGCAUUGAUGAAGAAGCUGCUGGAGGCUCGACCGCAUUCACCAAGGUGGAACCUGCUACUCCUCCGAUGCCAGCAGUGAUUGAGGAGAGCCUCCAGGAGACUGUCUUGGAGCUGAGAGCUGCUGUCUCUCAUCUCAUCACUGUGAGCUUCCAGAGCCAGAAGGCGGCACAUCAUGAGGUUCAGGAGCUGCAGGCUAAAAUCUGUGACCAUCAGCACCAGCUGGAGAGCCUGGAAUCCAGGCUCCAGGCAGAGAUUGAUGCCCGGGAUGCAAACCUUGCCAAGCUAAACAAGACCCUGGGAGUCAGGUUUCAGACCGAGAAGGAGCUGCAGGACAUCAUGCGGCAACAGGAGGAGAAGAUGCUGCAGCUCAUUGACCGGAGUGGAGAAGUCACGAAUCUGAAGGCCGAGGUCUCUCACCUGAAGCACCUGCUCCAGCGUGUGGAGACAGAGGCUGCGGUGCUGUGGGAGGAGGUGAGGGGCCGAGAGCCCGACACAACACCACUGGAUGCUGACGCUGUCCAGGAGAAAGUCUGGCUGUGGCAGGAGGUGAACAAGCUCAGGGAGCUACUCCUGGAGACGCAGCAUGACUACCAGGCCCAAAGGAGAAUCCUGGAGGGGAAACUCCAUCAUGCCCAGAAGGUGCUAAGGAGCCGUGAGGAAAUGCAGGAGAAGAUCAAAGAGGCACAAAGCCCUCGGGAGAACAGCUCUGUCUUAGGGAUGGGCCCCACCUGAAAGCAUAGCAGGUGAGGCUGCCUUCAGAAGGGCCUGUUCUGGCAAAGGACCCAUGCUGUGGUUGCUAAAGCAAUGAUGUGACUGCCGUGGAAGGCUGGGGGCCCAGGAGCAUAGUGGGAUUGCAGCCCAGGGAGGGGCCCCUCUAUCCUUUUCUGCUACUGUCCCUGAGGGGCUCCCCACCUGCUGCCCCAUGCUGAGGGCAGCAAGUGGCUUGUGUGCGGUCACUGAAAUGACCACAGGUGCUCCGUGGCCUGCCUUCCGUAGUCAGGAAGGUUCUGGGGCCUACCAAGGCCUACGUGCUGCCCCAGCUGGCAGGCCAGAACCCUUCACACAGCUGCCUGGUCCUUGAUGUUCGGCUUGAAGGGCUACUGAUGGAGAACUCACUCGGCAUGGCCUGCCUAUCCCAUUCCUGGCUGCUGC